AAAAAAUGGAUUCUCCCUUUUACGCUCAUGUCACGGCGAGGUACUGCAGAAAAAAAAACCGCAAAAUCCGAUCCAAUUUAUCGUAAUCGAUUAGUUAACAUGUUGGUUAACCGUAUUAUGAAACACGGAAAAAAAUCAUUGGCUUAUCAAAUUAUCUAUCGAGCUAUGAAAAGGAUUCAACAAAAGACAAAAACAAAUCCACUAUAUGUUUUACGUCAAGCAAUACGUGGCGUAACUCCCGAUAUAGCAGUAAAAACAAAAACAAGACGCGUAAGCGGAUCGAAUAAAAAAGUUCCCGUUGAAAUAGGAUCCACACAAGGAAAAGCACUUGCCAUUCGUUGGUUAUUAGGCGCAUCCCGAAAACGUCCGGGUCGAAAUAUGGCUUUCAAAUUAAGUUCCGAAUUAGUGGAUGCUGCCAAAGGGAGUGGCGAUGCCAUACGCAAAAAGCAAGAGACUCAUAGAAUGGCAGAGGCAAAUAGAGCUUUUGCACAUUUUCGUUAA